AGCAAGAAAACAAGUGGCCGCUUCAUUCUUUUGUGGUACAAUAAAAAACCACUCGCAUAAAAUAAAAUGAAACUUACUCACUUGCUCUUUUUUUCUUACUUUUUCCAGCUCUGAUAUGCAUCUUAGAUUGUGCCAAAUUCAUGGGAAUUUGGUACUGAUUUGGCUAAGACGGCUCUAUACAGGAGGAAGCUUCACUGCCUAGAAUACUGACCUGAGUCCAGGAUCAGUUAUAAAGAACUUUACCCCACAAAUAUUUAACGUGUCGCUUCUCCUAUUGGCUUGAUUUGAUAUUAUUAUAACUUAUCUGAUAUUUCCAUUUCUAUGUGCUUUGCCUCUCCUUCUAGACUCUCCCCCCAAAAGAAACCAUGUCCUCAAGUGGAUACGGGACAAUCAAUUGCUGCUCUCUUUCUCUCACUCUCUCCCCUGUUUUCUUUCCUCCCAAACGACCGUUUUUAUCCCCACAAAUCCCAAACUUUUUCUGGCCAUAUCUCCAUUCAUUUCCCUGGGAAAGCCCACUUCUUUUAGUGAACCAAAUGACCUUUCUUAAUGGUCAGGAAAAUGCUUCCUUUGCCUAAUUAGAGAGAGAACCAUACCGGACACAUGGAAGAGCAAGCUGAGAUGGAGAAUCUACGCAUCAGCUAUAAGAAUGGUUCGAGGAAUAUCAUCUUUGGCAAGUACGAGAUGGGGAGGGUUUUAGGCCAAGGCACCUUUGCCAAGGUCUUUUACGGGAAAAACAUGUCAACCCAAGAAAGUGUAGCCAUCAAAGUUAUAAAAAAAGACCAAGUCAAGAAAGAAGGUUUAAUGGAGCAAAUAAAGAGAGAAAUUGCAAUCAUGAGGUUGGUACGUCACCCCAAUGUUGUUGAGUUAAAAGAAGUUAUGGCAACCAAAGCAAGAAUCUUUUUUGUAAUGGAAUAUGUCAAAGGAGGUGAAUUGUUUGCUAAGGUAGCUAAAGGAAAGCUAAAGGAGGAUUCAGCAAGGAAAUACUUUCAGCAAUUGGUUAGUUCAGUAGACUUUUGUCAUAGUCGUGGCGUGUUCCAUCGUGAUUUGAAGCCAGAGAAUUUGCUCUUGGACGAGAAUGAGAACGUGAAAGUCACUGAUUUUGGCCUCUCUGCUUUGCCUGAACAGCUUCGCAAUGAUGGUUUGCUGCACACACAAUGUGGGACUCCAGCUUAUGUUGCGCCAGAGGUUUUGAGGAAGAAAGGGUACGAUGGAGCAAAAGCUGACAUUUGGUCUUGUGGGGUUAUUCUGUUUGUUUUGCUGACAGGGUAUUUGCCUUUCCAAGCUGAAAAUGUUAUGAAGAUGUACAGGAAAAUUUUCAAGGCAGAAUACGAGUGCCCGCCCUGGAUUUCAAACGACGCAAGGAGACUAAUUUCGAAGCUGCUUGUUGCCAAUCCUGAAAAGAGGAUUACAAUUCCAGGGAUCACGAGAAAUCCCUGGUUCCGAAAGGGUUUUACAAAACCUGUUACGGUUUCAGUUGAAGAGUCAUCGGUAGAAAACGUCGAGAAGGAUGAGAUCGAAAGCAAUGGAGAGCUGGAAAUGGUAACAACAAAAUCAUCACCUUCUUUCUACAACGCGUUUGAAUUGAUAUCAUCAAUGUCAUCAGGAUUUGAUUUGUCAAAUUUGUUCGAGAAUAAAAGGAAACCAGCUUCUUUAUUCACUUCAAAAUGCUCAGCUUCAGCAAUCCUGUCAAGGCUUGAAUCUAUGGGUAAGAAGUUGAAUUUUAGUGUGUCAUGUAUGAAGGAUUUCAAGGUUAAAAUGCAAGGGAAAGUGGAGGGAAGGAAAGGGAAAUUAGCAGUGACUGCGGAGGUUUUCGAGGUGGUGCCGGAGGUAGCGGUGGUGGAGUUCUCGAAGUCAGCCGGUGACACUCUUGAGUACAACAAGUUCUGUGAGGAGGAUUUGAGGCCAGCCCUUAAAGACAUAGUUUGGAGUUGGCAAGGCGAAAAUAACUAUCAGUAACUGUUAAGGGCUGCAGCUACGGUCUCCACCUACAUGGGAACCAUUUUCCUCUUGUCAUUUUAAUGGCUAAUAAUUGUGCCUCUAUAAGCCAGAUUUUGUUGUUAGAUCCUACACAUGACAUAUCUCUCAACCAACUUUUUGUAAAUAUUGCUAUAUGUAUUGUAUUGCAAGGGUUGAGGUUUUAAUGAUUUUGAAUUCAAUUUCAUUAUCAUUAAAUUAAUAUAUAUCGAGACAUAAUCAAAUGAAAUAUGUACAUAAAAUCUAUGUAAAUAAUUAAUUAGUUAUUAAAAAAAAAUUUGUAACUUGGAUGAGUGAGGAAUGGUAGUUCCAUUAGCUUUAAUCUAAUUUAUGUGGUGAUGGGUUGAAUUAUGCGAUGAGUAGUGGUGGCUAUGGGGCCUAAAAGGUUAAUGCUCGAUCAUAAACUUUACCUUGUUUCAUUUCCUAGUUUGUUGAUAGGAAAGGACAAUUAGCUUUAAGCAAAAGGAAGGACAAUUUGGUUCUAUCAGGAAACAGUGCUUGCUGAUGCUGGAUGAAUCACUUUCGACUCAUGCACCCUUCCAUGACAAAUACUAUCA